UUGCAUUUACCCAAAUGGCAAACACAAGAUAGACACAGGGGGCAAAUGUCUUCUUAACUGCCACUAAAGGCUAAUAAAAAUGAUUUGGUCGCAGGUCUGCGGCCAGACCUGUGGUCCUUCACAGAUACAAACACGUCGAGACAUAAUUUGAAAACGAAAACAAACUAAUGGGAUUGGAGAGCUGCUGUAGAGCUAGUUGACUGCUAAUGUGCAAUUUCUGCCAGAUGAACAGGAUUAUAAUACGCAACUCGGUUGGUAAACGGUUGAAUUUAACAGUCAGGCUAACGUUAAUAACCGUUGGAAUGCGGUGGUUUGUUACGUUUUUCUGUCCGUUAGACCAACAAACUAGUGCCAAACCGUUCUGUUGGUCCUCGCUUAAAGUAUUAACCAGCGGCGGAGCUUUUAGUUAUAUAUUCGUAACUCCGUAUGGAUUUCUCGCUUGUAAUAAUAUUUGUAAACUGUAUAUUGUCGACCAAACUAGAUUUUGUUUGACAUUGUCUAGUGUUUUGCAGUGCUCGGGCAAUUGGCUGGUUAACAGCGGCAGCUCGGCGGGCCAAUCAGAGCGCAGCAGCAGAGAAGCUGUCUGCUAUUAGAGGCACGGCUCAGGAGUCCUUCAACAGAGAGCAGAGAGAGGGGGCCGAGCGCUCUCGGCAGCCAUUUUCCUAAAACAGGACUCAAUGGCCUAUAUGGGUUUCCUUUGUUCCAAAAGGGAUCUUACACUUGAUUUCCUCAUCUCUCACGGACUAUGAUAAAACUAUGAUUCCUCCUUUUAAAGGAUUGAGAAGAAGGAAGAGAAUGUACUGGAUGUAAUACCCUGUGACAUCUUGAGCCUUUUUUCCUCUGCCUGGAAUCCAUCUUUGUCUUAACUAGGUCAUGGCACACCCAUAUAAUAGUAUUUAUAUUUCUUAAGUGAAAAGAAACCUAAUGUUGUGAAUAAACAGUUGUAUGAUUUUGGAGAUGUUAAAUUAGGAGAAAACACAGUUGAAGUGACAAUGUGUAAUGGCUGAUUUUUGGCAUUGCACUCAUGGCCUUGUAGGAUAUGAGUAGCAAUGAGUAAGUUCAACUCUUUUAUAAUAAUUUAACAGUUUUGCUAAUUUAUUAAUGUAAAAUGUGAGGCAUGCAGUUACUGUUAUCAAAAGUGAUUUCUGUCAAGUUAUCUGAGCUCAUCAAUUUGAUCAUAUAUGCAAAUGUUGGCAUCUGUAUAAUAGACAACUUUAUUGAAUAUGUUCACUGGCAUGCUGACAUAUAGAUAUAGUUCAGGAUACAGUCCAGGUUAUAUGCCACUGCUACUCAAAUGCCAGAAAGCAGGCCAUGGAUAACUAAUGGCCUUUUGCAAACUAGUUUACUGUGCUGCCUGUCUGUAAUUUUGACUGUUGAUAGGUCAUUUGCUUUGAUUAAUGACUUUAAACACUUUCCUCUCACAACAGCAACGCUGGUGACUUGUGUGUUUAUACCCUUCCUACAACAGUGGAGACAACUUCAAGCACGAUUAGGUUUGUGCUGUCCAUUUGCCAUUUAAAAUCUGUCCAAAGUGUAAUCGUUGGCUUGACCUUGCUUCAAGGGCACAUUUAAAUGUAUUUUCAGAAGCCAAGUUAGGUAGCCCUUUACAGUUUCUAAAACGGUUAAAAAAUAGACUUUCAAACCAAAGAGGAAACAGAUGGAGGGAAAACUCUUAUGGUGAAAAUAUUUACCUCAGCAAUUUGGUGAAAUGCAGUUAACAGGCCUAAACGCAGGGGCAGGAGGAAUGCUUUCAGCUCCAUCUUCGGAUCCUCUAAUAAUGGCAUUAAUAAGGGGUGGGAUAGCGUCUCCUGAAAAAGAGGGAUUCCAUUAGCACGAAAGAUAGAACGCUCUUUUGAAAACUUUUUGAUCAGUGGUAGGCAUUGCCUCUCAGCCAGCGAAUAUGCAUCUUCAAGCAUCAUCUGUGUGGGCAAUAUGCAAACCAUCUCCUCUCUCUCCUUGAAGACAGGAUUGCAGUCAAGUAUGACCUCUUCCAUUUCGACAUUUUCUAACUGAGCUACAUCACAUAAUGCCACAAGGAAAUGUUGUUUUGAAAGGUAAUGGAUUUUGAGCUAUUUCACUUAAUUUGCCAUUUUAUGUCUACAUGUAGCAUACGUGUUCUAAUAGAGGACAGACAACAAUAAAUAAUUGUGGUUUAAACGUUAUCAGCAAAACUAACGUUAUAUUGACUUUAAAAGAAAAUUUGAACUGUAACCCAUAUUUUUUUGAUUGAUAUUGUAAACUUACAGUUUAGUAUUCAAAACAUCCUAAUCCAAGUCUUAAACGAGCAAAGGAAUCUUAAGGGGAGAAAUCUCGUAAAUUUCACUGCUUCCCUUGUCCAAAGAGACCCUUUGGUAACGUGUAGGCUACACUUGUUCAAUGGUUUAUCUGCUGUUCUCUUGCCUCAAAAUGGCUUCUUUACAGACAAAGGAGAGCACUGUGCUGUGAUAUGUUGCUGCGCCAUAACUGGGAGAGGCUCGUUCACUCGGUGAGAGAGCCUCGUUCCAAGGACAUUUCUCGGUGAUACAACAGGAAAUCUUAACACAUAUCGACAUGGGGGAUUUUACUCGCAUGUAUGUAUGUUUAAUAAUAAGUAAAAUAGAAGAAGAAGAAAAAAAACAGUCGACAGUGCGUGAAAGGAAGGACACGUUAAUAAAUUUUGCUGUCGGUUGCUGGGCUGACUCGCCCUGGUAACAGCAGUAAUCCGAGAGCUCUGGACGGUUGCCAUGAGAGCUCGAGCGUGUUGCUGCUCCCCCACACUGCCAUAUAAGGUCAUCAGGAAUCCUCUCUGCAGCAGCAGGCUGCAGCCCUGUUGUUUUGUCACUGGAAAGAGUGGGUGCUUCGGGCUUUCCGCGCGUGCUCUCUGGCUCGAGACAGAGACCGGCGGAUCACUAACAUCGAGUGUUUUAAAUGCUACAGAUUAGAAAAUACAAACUAACAAAGAUGCGAUUCUAUCUUUUGUUCGGGCAACGAGUUAAAAAAUAGACAGAGGGGGGUCUUAAUUCGGUCCUCAGGUGGGCCACUAUGGCCCCUGUUACGCACACCCUUUUUUGUGUGUGAGCGUGUACAUAUCUGCUUAUGAGAGCAGACCAAAUCGUUGUCGGUGCGUGUCAGAGGCCUGUUUUUCUUGUUAUCCUCUCCUUGCUCGGUCUGCCAAGUGCGCGCGUUCCUCCGUUUGCAGGUCACGAGGCUGCAGACAGCAUUCCUUUCAGUCAACCCUGUUUCGAGACCCCCACUCCCAGUGCAAUGGGGACACAUUUGUGAAGAAGGUUUUGUGUGUGUAACAAAGGUUAACAUUUUGCGUUCACAUCAGCCAAUGAGGUUAUUUAUAGGCCUUUGUUAAAAAGAACCUCCCCGGUGGGUUGCGCAAUGCAUUCCGUUUUGCGCGCCGCUGACAGACUGGAAUAUUCCACACAGAGGACUGGCCUCUCUUCUGCAGGACAGCUGUCUCUCUGCACGGCGAAAAAACUAUUUUUGACAAUUGUUUCUGUUUAUUAAUUGAUGAAAAGGGGCUUUACACGUAUGGAUAUUUUGUACACCUACAGGACAAUUUAAUAUCCUUUAUAUGCUACGUUAUUCACAUGUUAGGCUGCCAGUUCACCUUGUAAGUCAAACAAGCACUCUUUAUUUUUUUUAUGCAGGCAUUUUUCAUAGCUUGUACUACAUCAUGCCGUAUUGAAGAAGCAUAUGGAGCACAUGAGAACGGUUUUAUGGCUAUUUCUGUGCAGUCAGAAUAAUCAGGCAGCCAGGCAAACUGCCCUGUCUUUGUUUGUAUGCUCAGCCUUUUUAUUCUGACGGAUUGUUUACUGAAUCAAAUAAGGUAUCCUUUUGUGCUUUGUGUUUUUUUUAAUCUAUGGAUACACUUGCUUAUUCAUGGUUUUUAAUUAGUAGUACUAUAUUUAUUUUAUUUAUAUAAACGUUGGCUUUUCUUCUUUCGAGGCUUUUCUUUUUUCUAGCUCUCAAAUAUGUGCAUGCAUUAUUAGUGUAAUAUUACACAUUAUGGUUUGUGAUCUCUAUACAUGGCAAUUCAUAUUAUCCCCUGUCUGUGUUUCUGAGAUUUUAAAAUAAAUAGAAUAUACCCUCAUGUUUAUGUUUUAUUGUUGUGGAAACUGAAUCAAGUUGUUGUUGCAAUUUUGAAGUUUAAAUAAAUGUUUCCUUUUUUUUUUUUUUUAAAACGGUAUUUGAGCCUGUCAUGAGAGACACACUAAAAUACACAAUAGACAUAAUUCAUGCCUCAGGGUAACAUUUUUUACACCAAUUUCUUUUUAUAGAUGAAACUCCCUUUUCGUUAUUGUAGUAAAUGUGUGUAUUCAAAAAUACUUAAGAUGACAUGUUUUCUUAAAAUAGUCAAAGUAAGGACAGUGUCAGCUCAUCCUCUUAAAGGGACAGCUUGCACAAAUUUUCACUCAAAAAUAGCACUUGUGCUACAACCUGGUACAAUGCAUCUGUCCUUGUUCUUAUACAAGGUUAAUGUUAACUUCUGCAUUGUCCCUGUUUAAAUAAAAUACAUUACAAUUACUAAAGCAAUAGUAAUCUCAAAUACAACAGUUUUGUGUAUUCUGAUUAUGUAGGCUCAUUCUCUAUGAUCUCUCUUCUGACACCCACUUUAACUGAUUUCUGUACUUAUUAUCGACUUGGCUGAAACAUAUUUCCAAACCUAAUGUUAAAUAUUAUUUUAUUGCAUAUACUGGUCCAUUGACAUUCUCAAUCAUCAAUUUUGUUUGAUAUCCAGUAGUUGCUUUUGGUCAUUAUCACACGUGGCUCAACCAUAAUUCAUACACACACACACGUUUUCUACAGAAAGGUAACAUACUAUAAAUCAGAAUUUCAUCUUAUGGGAUGAGAAAGAAUAGUUGAUCCUGACACCCCAAUUUGUGAUGUCACUGCUGUUUUCAGCCAUACAGACUGGACAGAGAAAUAUGGCUCACAUUAAAAGGAAAAUACAGGAAUAAACAUGGUCAAUUAAUCUGCUUUUUACCAAUUGCAUGAUUAGAUUCAGCAGAUUGGUUGCUCGAAUUUUCUGUACCUCAUAUUUAUAUACACACCUCAUACUUUGGUUUCUCAUAAUGACAAGUGGGUAUUUUUGGUCAGUCAUGACCAUGAAAUCCCAUGUAUAUUAGACGGGCAUUUAAUGAAUUACCAUUAAAGGAAUAUUCCAUAUUGAUUCAAACAGCCACUCCUGGCAAUGAAAAGGGUGGGCAACUCAAAAUAAAAUGCAUACAGACUAUAUAUAAUUGAGGAAUCUGAGAGAAGUGAGGCAGCUGGUUUAUUACUUGGUAGGUUAUUAUUUUUGUCAUCUAAAAAAUAAGUGGGGCUGGCCUUUCACUGGUAUACGUUUCUGAGAAAGCAAGUUCCCAAAAGUAAAAAGCUCUGAUGGAGCUAUCAAGGCCACACAUUCAUGACUUAUUAUAUACAUUCAAGAUCUUACUGUAAUGAUAACUGUUAGUGUUAACGAAAACCUGCUGACUUUUUACAUCAGCAAGUAAAUAUGUUCAGUUUUAUUUCUCACACACACCUCUGUCGAUGGAGGCUGUGCUUCAGAUUGAGUGCCCACCCAGAAAUUGAAACAUGCAAUAGAGGGAGUAGCAGCAGCCAGACUCAACAGCUCCUCAUGUGCAUUCUUACCCAGUGAUGCAUUUAGUGAGCAGACUGAGAGGAGUGUAGGGGGUCAAUUGGAAAGAGCUUCAAUGUAACAGGAACAGGAAGUGGUGAACAGAGCGAGCUACCCGGUAAAACAUGAGGCUUGUCUGUUCCUCUCUCUUGACACUGCUGGUACAUCAUCUCAGCCUUUCCAAAUAUAGAUUAAUCAUGUAUUUAACUUAAAUCUGGAGGGAAUAUCUUCAGCCCCGUCCUGCCUGGCACCUGUUUGAUUAUUUGAAGGCGAAAUGACACAAAACGGUGCUGCUGGGACUGCUAAUGGUACCACAGAAAAGGGAGAGGAACUUAAAAUUGUGAUAGUGGGAGAUGGAGGCUGCGGGAAAACAUCUCUUCUGAUGGUUUAUGCUAAAGGUGACUUUCCAGAGAAAUAUGCGCCAUCAGUGUUCGAAAAAUAUGUCACCACUAUCUCUCUUGGAGGAAAAGAGAUAAAGCUCAACCUGUAUGACACAGCUGGACAGGAUGACUAUGACAGACUGCGUCCGCUUUCAUACCAAGACGCCGAUCUGAUUUUAGUCUGCUUUGAUGUGACCAACCCCACCAGCUAUGAGAAUGUCAUGAUAAAGUGGCACCCAGAGGUGAAGCACUUCUGUCGGGACACUCCGGUCAUCCUGAUUGGCUGCAAGACUGACCUCAGGAAGGAUAAAGAAUGUGCAAGGAAGCUCAAGGCCAUGAAUCAGGCUCCCAUCACAUACACACAGGGUGAAGAGACACGGCAGCAGAUGAAUGCAGAGCUCUACCUCGAGUGUUCGGCGAAGUAUCAGGAGAACGUGGAAGACAUUUUCAGGGAGACCACCGUAAGAACUUUGGCCUUCAAUCGAAAACAAAGGAAACACAAGAGGAAGAAGAAAUGUGUUGUUUUGUGAAGUCAAAACAACAGAUUCUUGAGGACUCCACGGGCUAGAUUUUUUGAAAACCACUCAUUCACAUUCGGAAACUUAAGAUGCUUGGUUUCCUAGACAGAUGUGGAAGCAGCUGUAUGACCACUGGUUCAGACAUAAGUCUGGCCCUCACUGAAUCAUCAGCCCUUUACUGAAGAAAACGACGUAACAGGAAAGACAAUUUUGGAAGAAGCGACAGAGCGGUAUGCUACUUGAAAAGCCUUCUGUGAAUGUAUUUUUACUUUUUUAUGAGACAUGUUUUUGUAUUUUUAUAUAUAUUUUCUGACAGAAGCUUUGUACUGUUUCCAAACCUGUUUUAUUGAAAUGUAUAGCCAUCUGUUGGAGGAAUUUGACCAGUUAGUUCUUGUGUUGUCAGAUUUUUCCACAGGUUUUUUAAUGUCAAUCGAUUUCAAAUGUCUGAAUCUUGUUUAAAAGCUGCUGGUUCAACAAUUCCCAGACAGACUAGUUGGUGUAAUUCAAUGUAUCAAGGCACAGUAGCUUUAACAGCCUUGAAAGAAAAAAAAAUUAUUAGCUCAUGUCCAGUAAAACAAAACAGUGAACUAGAAUUUGUUUUGGAGCUGUGUCAAUUUAAAGCAGGAAUCUUACCUUUACCAGCAGCGCCCACUAGUGUUGGAAAUACUGAAUGUGUGGUAUGGCUGCACAGUUAUGGUAUUUCCACAAUUCCCACACAGUAAGGAAGGAACACUGAAAUAAAUUAAAUUACUUGUUAUCCCAUUGCACAAGAAACACAGAAAUAGCAAAACAAUUUAAUUAGGUGUUUAAUUAAUAUAUAUAUUUUACAACAAUGUACACAGAUUGAGAAAUUGUUAACUGUCUUGUUACUGAUCUCAGGCACCAGUUAGUCUUGAAAUGAAUGAUGAAAACAUUGUUUCACAUUAGCUACAUCGUAAAAAUGAAGAAAUCACGUUACUUUUGUGCAUUCUGGCAGCUCUCUCUCGCAUCAAAUGUAACAUUUUGGUCAGUAACUCAACGUGCUUUAAUGUUCCCUCAAUAAAAGUGAUACAUAAAUAUUG